AUGGCAACAAUGUUUUAUUCGACAUUUUCAAGUGCCCUGCUCGGUCCGCUCAUGUGUACCCCGUUCCUCGCCGUGAUGGAACAGACCGGAACGCAACCCGUUAGGGUCGUCACAGAGUCACGUGUGCACGUGGCAUUCCUCCUCAUUGGAAUAAUUACUUUACUGGUCGCUGUGCCGUUUUAUUCAUUCCAGUUCACAAAUCACAAUCAUAGUAAAAAUAAGAAUGAUUCAAAAACAGAACCAAUGAUAAGAGUGACAUCUACUAGUAAAACUUGGAAAGAUCAUAUAAAUCCCGCAUCCUAUGCAGACGGCAAUUUCACGUUCGGUGCAUGUGUUUUUUUGUUUAUUUCGUUUUACUUCUUCGUUCUCGUUGGCGGUGAAAAGACGUACGUAAGUUUUGUGAGAACAAUAUCAGUGGACGUGUUCAAGCUGGGAAAGAACGAGGCCUCUUACUUGAACUCCGUAUUCUGGAUGAGUCUGACCGGCGGUAGGUUUGUCGGAUCGUUCGUUUCGCAUUUUGUGAGUACUCGGGCCAUGAUUACCGUCAUGGUGUUACUGAACGCAAUAUCUUCCACGCUGUGCAACAUGUACGGACUUACGGACGCUCAAGUGUUGUGGGUUUUCACUGUCCUGGAGGGCUUCCUUAUAGCGCCGAUGUAUCCGCUUGGUGUCGCCUAUUCGAACAGUUUGAUCAACUUAUCAGGCUUUUGUCUGAUGUUGAUUGCGCUGAUGGGCGGCCUUGGUGAUAUGAUGUUCCUGUGGUCCGCCGGCCGCGUGUAUGACCAGCAGGGCGCCCCCGCCAUCUUUCGAAUGGUGAACGCCGCCUUCGCCCUCCUUGCCGCCGUGCUGCUUGUUUUCCGGAUAGCCACGCGCUCGUGCACUACUCAUACAAAGUAA